GAAGCAACGUGAAAGGAGUGGCGGAGCUCCUGCAGGAAGGAACCGAAGGAGUUUCUCCCGAUAAGAUCGGGCGAACCCCCCCUAAAAAGAAUCGGAGACAGUGGCGGAUACGCUACGCUAGCGAUCGAGUGUCCGACGGUGCGACUGUCCGACGACCCAGGCGCGCCAGAAUGGCGGAGGUGGCGACGAAAAAGUCGAUCAAUGUCGUAAGUAGCAAAAAGAGCGAGGUGUGUAGUGUUCAGUCUAACAACGGUUUGAUCCAGUUGGAUAACAUAACCGCGAGUAACAAGCAACUAAUCUCGUUGUGUGACAACAACGACGACGAGGACGACCUAAUCCUCACUAACAACACGCGUAACGAGUUGGACACCGACGACAAGAGCCUCCAGGAGCUGAUCGAGAGCGAGCUGGCGCUGAGAAUUUGCUCCAGCACCGAAGAGGAGACCGGCAUCGAGACUGACAACGAGCAACAAGACGAGGUAACGCCGAACGAGCCAGAAACAGUGAAGAGGAUCGUCUUGGACAGGCAGCAGGACGCCCUCGACGUUAACGCGGAGUUCAUCGCGGCGGAAACGGAACACUCGGUGCUGGUGGAGAAACCGUACAGCUAUCAGAAUGGUCACAUGUCGCCCGAGACGAAAAUCUCCGACGAUUCGUACGUUCGCGAGGAGACCGUGAAACCGGAACCGAUCGCUGUGAGCAACCUCCCGGACGAGGAGGAGGAGGAGGAGGAGGAGGAGGAGGAGGAACAGGUGUUCGUCGAGCAGCCGGAAGUUGGCAGCGCAAUACUAAUCGAAGAAACAACGACAGACGACGUCGAUCAAUUGGCACGCGACAGCACGUCGGACGAUGGCAAAUUCCCGCAGAUGGUGGAGAACGAGGAUCCGUGUCCGAGUUGUCUCGUCCUUGGGUCCGCCGAGGCCACAGACAGGCUGCCGGAAGUGUCGAGCAUGACCUACGAGCUGCUCGAUUCUUCCUACGAUCCCGUGAUCGAAGAGGAUCAGCUAGCCGCGACUUCGUCGCCUGUGGCCACUUACGUUGACAAGUAUCAGCAGGAGAACGAGGCGAUUCAGGCUAUGAUCGAAUUCGAAUCCGUGGAAACGAACAUCGAGAAGGACGUAGGACAGAACCGUGAAACAGCGGAGGACGAUAGUUUACGUAAGAAAGAGAUCAUCGCGGACACGUGGUCGGAACAGUCAGUUGAAACGGAUGAUCAACAAUCCGGUCAGUUUUCGGACAAUUUCGAUCAAUCGUUGUGCCAGGAAGACGUCGUCGCGCCUGAGACGCUGCCUGAUCACAACAAACAGGCUGAUCUCUUCGAACUCGCAGACACCGAUUGCGACUGCAAGCAACUGGACGAGGUUAAAGAGCCAUCGUUGGCGAACGAUAAAUCUUGUAGUUCGAUGGAGGAGAAAAUUCUCGAGGAUCAGGAGGAGCCGUCCAUUCCAGGGAAACUGGCCGAGGAGCCGGAGAAAGGAGAGGAAGAAGAGGAAGAAGAGGAGGAGGAGGAGGAGGAGGCGGCUCGAGGAACGCCGACUAUGCAGUCAAGAAGCUUCGACGAGGGAACUUUGAGCCACUCGGAAAGCUGCUCGACAGACGCGGCCAGUACCCAGGAGUUCUUAGACACGGAACGCCGAGUGCUGAACGAGGAGAAUUGCGAUCAGUAUCCUCACGAGGACGUGCAGGGCGUCCGCGAGAGCUCGACGACAGAAAGGGCCGAUGGACGAACGAGGAAUCUGCUGGAUGAGGACGAGGAAGCGCGGAUGAAGGAGGAUGAGGCGAAGGAGGAGGGAAACGACAACACGGACGAGCAGAACGCGAUCACGGAAUCGUCCAGCGAGCUGUCCGUCUCGGAGCCGACUUUCAUCGAGAAGACCGAGGUGGUGAUAUCCGAGAGCAGCGUGAAAAUAGUCUCCGAGACGACGCAGUGCCUCGAGAUCGAGAACGAAGCGGAACCGGUGGACGAGGAACAGCUUCAAAGCCACGAGCUCGUGUCGCCGGCUCGCGCACCGCUCGCUACCCCGGACGACGAGACCAGCGACGUUUCUAACGCCGGUGACAGUGAAAGCCGAGAAGAGACGAUAAUAACAAGCACCAGCGUGGUAACCUCGCCGAGCAAGGGUGGCACCAAGACAAAGAAGAAGAAGAUCGAGGGUGUCGCCGGUAACGAUGCUUCGCCGAACCUCACUCCCCGCACAAAAAAGACCAAGAAGAGCAAGAAGAACGAACUCGAGAAGGAGAACAUCUCUGUGAACUGUAACUUGCAAGAGCCGAGCAUGCACCCCGCCCCCCGCCAGAUGAACCCGGAAACCCUUGAUUUCACCAACGAGAACGAUCUGUCGAACGUGAACGUGAAAUCGCUGACACAGAAUUAUGUAUCGGAGGCGACUCGAAACGAGCAAGACCGAUGCACGAAGGAAAAGAUCGCGACUGGCGUGUCGAUCAAACAGUUGUGUCGCAGCUUUGGCGACAUCUCGAACAUGAGCGACGGCGAUCAGACCACGUACGGGAAAAGCAAUCACACGAUGGACAUCGAAGAGAAAGCAAGGUCGCUGGGUGAUCUGCGAGUAUGCGAGAAGGGUUACUCGAAGUUCACCAGAGACGCGCUCGUCUUCACCGGGGUGUCGGUCAAGGCCCUCAGGGCUUCCUACUGUAGUUUGGCAAACUUAACGAGCGAGGGUAAGGACACGGAUCGACCGAGGCUCGAGAAGUCGAGCUUCAAUAAAUUCGACGCCCUCAGCAAGAAGACGGUGCUACAUGUGCGCUCGAUCGACGCGGGCAAAGUGCAACAACAGCUGAACGCCCAGGUGGGUCAGAAUGGCGACACGAAUCCGAAUUGUCGCAGCUGCGGCAAGGUCGUCUUCCAAAUGGAACAGACAAAGGCCGAGGGUCUUGUCUGGCACAAGAAUUGCUUCCGGUGCGUCCAGUGUAGCAAGCAGCUCAACGUGGACAAUUACGAGAGCCACGAGAGCACGCUUUACUGUAAGCCACACUUCAAGGAACUCUUCCAACCGAAACCGGUUGAAGAGUCCGACGAGCCUGUGCGACCUCGAAAGCCGGAGCUGAUCAUACGGGAGAACGAGCCGAAAGAGCUGCCGCCCGAUGUGGUCAGAGCCUCAGACAAACCGGACCUGGGUCUCGAGGAGUUGUCGAGCCUGAACGUGAAGUCCCGGUUCCAAGUGUUCGAGAAGGCCGGCGCAGAGGCGAACGAGAUCGAAAGGUCGCCGUCGCAGAUCGCUGUGAAGAGGUCUCCCAGUAUCUUAAGCAAGCUCGCCAAAUUCCAGGCGAAAGGCAUGGAUAUCGGAGUGGCGGACGAAUCACUGAAUGGGAUCCCUUACGAAGAAUCGAGCGAGAGCGAGGAGGAGGAAGACGCGGAGGAAACGGAGGAGGUGGACAGCGAGAUCGUGAAGGCGAAACGGGCGACCCGCGAGCGUCCGAUCAGCUUCACGAAAAUGGACGACAUAAAGAAUCGUUGGGAGACGACCAGCCAGCAGGGGAGGCGCGAGGUUCAACGAGAGGCGAGGAAAGAGGAGAUCGCUGGAAUUCGUUCGAGGCUGUUCAUGGGCAAACAGGGUAAAAUGAAAGAGAUGUAUCAGCAGGCGGUAGCCGGAAGCGAGCGCGUGACGAAGAUCAAUGCGGCGGAGGAGAUCCAACACUCGACCCACGCUCGUUCCAUCAAAGAACGAUUCGAGCGGGGCGAGCCCAUCGCUGCGUCUGACGACGAGACGGACAGCAAACCGAAACCGGAGAAGGCUGACGAGGAAGUGAUCGCAGCAGGGAUCAGCAGGAAGUCUCGGUCGCUGUUCCUGGAAUUGGACGCCACCGCGGCGAAGACUGGACGACCGGUGACUCCAGUGAAUCCCAAGACACCGGCCGAAGCUCCACGACGCGCCAGAGACGCAUUCAUGGGACGGCAAGUCUCAGAUGACGUGGUGCGCAGCUCGGACACCACCGAGGAAGUUCACGUCGAGACCUCGGACAUUUCGAAUAAAUUCAAAUUUUUCGAGUCGUACAAGGAACCGGAGAAACAACGGAAGCAGUUCCGAAUCACCCCGCCGCGCGACGGCCAAGUAAAGAUGGACUCUCCGGAACGCGAGAUCUACCGUGAUCCAGAUGUGGUGAGAGCGGACGACAGGGUAAACGAAGUGGUACACACGGAUACCGCCAGAAAAAUGCUGUCGAUCUUCCGGCAAAUGGAAGAGAACGCCUGCAAGAAGGAGCUUCCAAAUGGACCCAAGCCCUUGAAACGUUUCACACCGCCACCGGAGGACAAAUACGCGAAACCAACAGCUUCGGACUCCGAGGAGAACGAGGACGAGGACGGCGAGGAUUCCGAAGGCGAAGACAGCGGCGAGGAAAGGGAUCCGAACUACGUACGAGCUUCCGACAAGGUAGAAGACGAGUUUCUGAAGCAGGCGCAGAACGCAGCCCGCGCGAAGACCUUGUGCGCGAAAUUCGAGCACUGGGAGGAAACGGACGGGAAAACGACGUCGAGUAAUCAACAUAUCGCUGAGAUGGAGAUCGCUCAAAGCACCGCCGGUGAACAGCUGAGCAUAGAGUCGGCGAGCAGUCUCAGAGCCCGUUUCGAGUCGCUCGGCUCGCAAACGAGCGAGUCGCCGCGCACACCGAAGGUCAAAGUCAAUCGAUUCGUGUAAAUGGCGGAGAGGAGGAUCGAUACGGCCCAACAAGAUGGACCCGGAGGGCCUGACGGCAAACGGAGUGAAUAGAAUUUAGAAGAUAACACAGAAACGAGCACACGUUACUCACACACACGCACGCACACACAUACACACGCGUAUAUACACACAUACACGAAACGAUGAUCACGAAAUUCGUUGGAAUCCAGCGCUUCAGUGGAAGGAAACAACAGCCGACAGCUUCGUUGUCCGGAUCAUUGCGCGGUUUUUACGUUUUUCUUAGAAGUCUUUUUCUAACAAAGCGUUCUGUUAGUGAAUCAUUAGCGCAGAUUGUAUCAUACUGUAUCGUAUUUGUCGCGAGGGGCAACGAACGAGAAAUAUCGGAUAGGUCGAGCACAAGGCCGGGCGUUUGAAGUGAAUCAAUCAAACGGAUCAGCCGAUGGAAUUGAAACUGACGGUAAUUAUUUUAAGCGUCGCCUGCGCCCCCGUGGUUAAAUCUGCGCUCUGAUCCAAGUGCUCCGACGUGUCUCCGCAAAGAAAAAAAGAAAAAAGAGAAAAGAAAAGAAACAGAGAUAUUUCGCGAUCGUUUUUCAAUGCUCUCGCUUAACUCGUUUCCCCCCGUCGCUCGAACGUGUCGUGUUGCCACUUGGCUUGCCAAGUGCCGUUUUUUCGAAUCAGUCUUUUACACGAGAUGAUGUUUGUAAUACGUUUUUCGACGGAUAUACCGAACAUUUGUACGACAGUAAUAUUAGUUGUAUUACGUGACUAAUCAAUUCCUAGCGAUGCAGGUAGAAAACGAUAGUAACAGAGGGACGUUUAUUUCGUAUCGCGUGCCAAAUGAAAAUUCGUAUCGCGUAUUGUUGGUGUGAAUGAAAGUCACAGGAAUAUGAUAAGCGUUGCUUUUAGCCAUUAGUGUCUUAUUAAUUUAUGUAUCUUUUACUAACGUUCACGCGCUGUUACAAGUGCUAAUGUGUACGUGUCGUAGAAAUCCAAUAGCGAUUUAUUUACUAGACAAUGACUUGAUAAUUUCCUUUAAGAAUCUCGUGCUAAAGAAAGGAUGCGAAAUUCGAACAGUGGAAAUUUCUGUAUCGUCUACUUGCUUCGUUAAGAAUCACACACCUCCUAACCAACAAUCUCCCUGUUUUGCGAGCGUCAAGUGAAAAUCAGAGGCGAGAAGAUAAACACCUUGGGAAAGAGAAUUGUUUUGAGAAUUGAGAACGAAACAACACCUCGUGGUGUUUUGCGAGAGGUAUAUCUGUGGCGUUUCAUUGCGUGUGCUGUAUCAGUGCGAUUUAAGUUUCGAAUGAAACGCGAGAAGAGAGUAGGAAUAAUCAGGAUGCAUCGAACCAAGAAAUCGAGAUUGCGCCGUAUAGACUGGUCUCGGCUAGACGUACAUAGAAUCUACGAGCUUUUCGAACGCUUUACAGAGUUUCGAGUCUUUUUACAGCGCGGUGGAUCGUUAUCUACCGAUUAGAGAAACGAUUAGAGAAAACGAGAGAGGAGAAAGACGACGAGCAAUCCCUCAUUGCCUGGAACUCGACGAAUCUUUUCACCGAUACGUUCCACGAAACAAUCACAGUGUCAUUUUUUACAAAGGCAAAUCUACAUUAUAUAUAUACAUUUGUACACGUUUAUACGACGAAAGUUUAACGCAUACGAGGCAAUUAGUUUCCCCUAGAGUCUUUUUGCAUAAUUGUUGGUGACAAUUUACAAGUCACGAGUCACGGAUGAGUCACUCGGUGAAACGAAAUUUUAUAAAUGAAUUUCAGUGACACCGUUUGCUAUUUAUGCAAAAGGAUUCUGGUAGCACUUCUAUUCAAAAUGGUUCGCACAAAGUUCCGAGAAUUGGUGAAGAAUUGACUUGAAAAGGUUCCAGCGCAACGGAGGGAGGGCAGUCCGACGAAUCGAAUCGAAUUUCAGAGCUCCUUACCGUAUCAUCCAGCCAGUGAAUUGAAACGUAUGAAAAAUCUUCGUUCCUUACGUAGGGGAUAAAACCGACCUCGAUUAUAUCGAGGCAAGCGUUAUCAAAUAGGCUUUUUAUGUAAUUUUUUAUAAUAUUCGAUGGAUGGACAAUACGAGGGAGCCUCGUCGUAGCCAUUUAGGGGUUUAGGGUUCUCCGCAAUGGUAUUACACGACGGACAGAGAAAGAAAGAGAAAGGAAAAAAACGAAAGAAAGGAAGAAAGAGAGGGCAGACAUUAAUUCCUUCCGCCAUUGCCAACGCGGACGCACACAGUACGCAUUCAUAUAUGUACGUAUGCAUAUAAAUAAUAUUAAUAAUAUAUAUAUGUUUAUCAUAGAAUGAACGACGUGUAUCGAGUCCCCCAUGAUCUAUUUAGACGAGCGCACCCCAGUAGGAGAAAGGGAACAGUUCCCUGAAAUUGAUUUCGAUCGCGUUGAAUACGGGACGUUGACACAAGGGCGUUUCACCGAUGGUACUUUCUCUAUGAUGAAAUUGUUCUCGAAUUGAUCUGUCAAUCAGGUUAAUCAAGCUUCACAAGUAAUUAAAAGUUAACGAAGACAAAUCAGUUUCGAUCGGUUUGCUAAUGUAACGUAAGUCGUAUAAUUUCUUCUUAACAAACUAUAUUUAAUGAAACACGUCCGAAGAGACGCUGACGCAAAGUCAGAUUAAUGGUCGUAGACUCGCGAGGGAUUAGUCGAUACAGCGUUUUUUUUUUUUUUUUUUUUCCUUUGCUUUCUAAUUCUUCCUUUGCGUGUACGCCAUAGGAAUUGCAACGAGAGAGAAUGAAAGCGAGUGAAAGAGAGUGCAAGGGAGAGAGAAGCGAAAGAUGAACUAACCGAAUCGAAGUGCAAUUUCAGGGUUCUCUCGAGACCUCUUCCUUUUUCUCUGUGUCGGCCAGAGGAUGUCAGAAGAUGGUGCAAAGUUUUAGAGGCAUUAGCGAACUUUUUUUAAUCAAAAAAAAAAAGAAAAAAAAGAAAAAAAAAGAAAAAAGAGAAAAAAAAGAACUACUUAAGUAUUAUAAUAGAGAGAACAAGAUCGAAAAGGUAUAUAUAUUCUCUACGCGACUUGAUGUCUCCUCUUCUUCGUUGAUGAUGUCGAUCGAGAGAUUGUUCUCUUAGUCGACGGUGGAAUUUUUAUGUGCAAUAAUUUUUAAGGAUUUGUCGAGUAAUCGAAAAACGCGCGAUUGUUUGUUGUUGUAAUUGGCGAGAGAAAUAUUUAUGCGAGCAAUUAGUUCGAUCGAUCGAUCGCUUGAUUUCUUCCACGGCCUACCGAUGCGAUCACUAUUUUCACGCGUAGACUUUUUUCAUUGCGUCUCGGAUUGUAUAAUUUUUAGCGAGGUAUGAUAUUCUUGUUCUUUACCUUUCACGUGUAACAAUUUAUUACGAUGAUAUUACAAACGAUAAAUAAAAAAAGGGCACAUCCUGAAAUGAAAA